AUGGAUGAUGAUUUAUAUGACGAAUUUGGAAAUUAUAUUGGACCAGAACUAGAUUCUGAUGACGAUGAUGAUAACAAUGAAAGAAUAAACAAUCAAGAGUCAGACCACUCCGAUUCAGAUAAUGACAAUGAAGGUAACAAUAUGGAAGAUGAUGCACAAUUAAUUGGUUCAAGUGCAGUUGUUCUUCAUGAAGAUAAAAAAUACUAUCCAUCAGCUAUUGAGGUAUAUGGUGAAGAUGUUGAAGUUUUGGUUGAGGAAGAAGAUGCACAACCAUUGACGGAACCGAUUGUAAAACCUGUUGGUCAAAGGAAAUUUAAAACAGAAGAGUAUAACUUACCAAAUACUAUUUUUAAAAAAGAAUUUCUUGUUGAUAUGAUGGAUUUUCCAGAAUUAAUGAGAAAUGUAGCUAUAGCUGGUAACUUACAUCAUGGAAAAACAACAUUUAUGGAUUGUUUGAUUGAACAAACACAUCCAGAUUUUAUUAGAGGAGAUGACAAAGAUACCAGAUUUACGGAUACAUUAUAUAUUGAACAACAAAGAGGUUUAUCUAUAAAAUCAAUGCCAAUGUCGUUGAUAAUGGAAACAUCAAGACAAAAAAGUUAUCUUUUAAAUAUUAUUGAUACUCCUGGACAUAUGAAUUUUAGUGAUGAAGUUACGGCUGCUUUUCGUGUUGCAGAUGGUGUUGUAAUAGUUAUUGAUGCUCAUGAGGGUGUAAUGAUGAAUACAGAAAGACUUUUAAAACAUGCAGUAUUAGAGAAAUUACCUAUUACAAUAUGUAUUAACAAAAUUGACCGUUUUAUACUAGAAUUAAAAUUACAUCCAAAUGAUGCUUAUCUUAAACUACGUUUUAUUUUGGAUCAGGUUAAUACUAUUCUUCAAACAUUUUCAGAUGAUGAAAAUUGUCAAGUAAUGUGUCCCUUAUUAAAUAAUGUAAUUUUUGCAAGUUCUCGAUACAAUAUUUGUUUCUCCACACUUACAUUUUCUCAAAUUUAUGCAAAGACAGCUAAAGUGAAUGCAGAAGAGUUUAGCAAACGACUAUGGGGUGAUAUUUAUAUGGAUCCAAAAACAAGGAAAUUUGUGAAGAAGAUGCCAUAUCCAGAUUGUCCAAGAACAUUUGUUCAAUUUAUUUUAGAUCCAAUUUAUAAAAUAUUUUCCCAAGUUAUUGGUGAUGUUGAUACAGCUCUUCCUGAUAUGAUGGCUGAAUUAUCAAUUCAUCUAACUAAAAAAGAGCAGAAGAUGAAUAUAAGACCAUUAAUUUCAUUAAUAUGUAGAAGAUUCUUUGGUGAUUUUACAGCAUUUGUUGAUUUAGUUGUUAAAAAUUUUAAAUCUCCAUUGAAAAAUGGUAUUGUAAAAAGAGAAGUUUAUUAUACAGGUCCAGGUGAAACAAUUAUUAGUAAUGCUAUAGAUAAAUGCGAUGCUAAAGGUCCAUUAGUAGUAAAUACAGUUAAAAAUUAUACAACUACUGAUGCUAUUAAUUUCCAUGUUUUUGGAAGAAUUUUCAGUGGAACAUUAAGAUUAGGACAAAGUGUUAGAAUUCUUGGAGAACGUUAUAGUAUUCAAGAUGAAGAAGAUUCAAGGAUAAUGACUGUUGGAAAAUUAUAUAUUUGUAUGGGUCGAUAUAAUAUUGAAGUUUCCAGUGCUCCGGCAGGAAAUUGGGUGCUUAUUGAAGGAAUUGAUGAACCUAUAAUGAAAACAUCAACAAUUAUGGAUGUCAAUAUUAAAGAUGAAUUGUAUAUAUUUAAACCAUUAAAAUUUAAUACCAAAAGUGUCGUGAAAUUAGCAAUUGAACCUAUUAAUCCAUCAGAACUUCCAAAGAUGUUGGAUUCACUUCGAAAAGUUAAUAAAUCAUUCCCAUUACUUACCACAAGAGUUGAAGAAUCUGGAGAACAUGUACUUUUAGGGACAGGAGAAUUAUAUAUGGAUUGUGUAAUGCAUGAUAUGAGGAAGGUUUACUGGGAAAUUGAUAUAAAAGUUGCUGAUCCUGUUGUUCCAUUUUGUGAAACAGUCAUUGAAACAUCAUCAAUGAAAUGUUUUGCAGAGACACCCAAUAAAAGAAAUAAAUUAACAAUGUUUUGUGAAGCUUUAGAAGAAGGUAUUUCUGAUGAUAUAGAGAAAGAAGAAGUAAACAUUGAAUGGAAUAAAAAGAAGCUAGGGAAAUUUUUUGAAAAUAAGUAUAACUGGGAUAUUUUAGCUUCCAGGUCAAUUUGGGCUUUUGGACCUGAUAAUAAUGGUCCAAAUAUUUUGUGUGAUGAUACAUUGCCAUCAGAAGUAGACAAAGAUUUGUUAGGGUGUGUAAAAGAAAGUAUUGUUCAAGGUUUUCAAUGGGCAACAAGAGAAGGGCCAUUAUGUGAAGAGCCAAUAAGGAAUGUUAAAUUUAAAAUCAUGGAUGCAGAAAUUGCUAAAGAAUCACUUUACAGAGGUGGUGGACAAAUGAUUCCAACUGCACGUCGUGUGGCAUAUUCUGCAUUUUUAAUGUCAACUCCAAGAUUAAUGGAACCAUAUUAUUUGGUUGAAGUUAUAGCACCUGGAGAUUGUAUUCCUGCUGUUUAUGAUGUUUUAAAUAAACGUAGAGGUCAUGUAACUAAAGAUUCACCAUUGCCUGGAUCACCUUUAUAUUUAUUAAAUGCAUACAUUCCUGUAAUUGAUUCUUUUGGAUUCGAAACAGAUUUAAGGACACAUACACAAGGACAAUCUUUUUGUAUGUCAACAUUUAAUCAUUGGCAAAUAGUUCCUGGUGAUCCUUUGGAUAAAUCUAUUGUUAUUAAACCCUUAGAACCUUUACCAGCUCCAUCUUUGGCUCGUGAGUUUAUGAUAAAAACUCGAAGAAGAAAAGGUCUUAGUGAGGAUGUAUCAGUUGUUAAGUUCUUUGAUGAUCCUAUGCUUUUAGAGUUGGCGAAAAACCCUGAUAUCUUAAAAAGUUAUGCUGGAGAUUUUCAUGUACAGUAA